UCUGACUCUGUUAAUGGAGUCCUUCAAAUUCUCCUUCCUCUCCAACACCACACCACUUCUUCCUCCCAAUCCCAACACCACACCAAUACCCACCCAAACCAGAAUCCGACUCCGAAUUCGCUCCUCAUCGGCGGUGACGCCGGACCCCUGGACUCCUCCCUCCGGCGACCCUCUCAAGCCGAAGCCGAAGUCGAAGAACCCUAAGAACCCUCUCUCCGACGACAACGCCCGCCGCAUAAUAAAGGCCAAGGCCAGGUACCUCGGCGCCCUCCGCCGCAACCAGGGCCCGCAGGCGCAGACCCCUAGGUGGAUCAAGCGGACCCCCGAGCAGAUGGUGCAGUACCUCCACGACGACCGCAACGGCCACCUCUACGGCCGCCACGUGGUCGCCGCCGUCAGGCGCGUGAGGGCGCUCUCGCAGAGGGCCGAGGGGGAGUACGACAUGAGAAUGGUGAUGGCGUCGUUUGUUGGGAAGCUCAGCUUUAGGGAGAUGUGUGUCGUUUUGAAGGAGCAGAAGGGAUGGAAGCAGGGCAGGGACUUCUUCUCCUGGAUGAAAUUGCAGUUAAGCUACCGACCCAGUGUUAUUGUGUACACGAUUCUUUUGCGCAUAUAUGGGCAAGUUGGGAAGAUCAAGCUGGCCGAAGAGACAUUCUUGGAGAUGCUUGAAGUUGGAUGCGAACCGGAUGAAGUUGCUUGCGGUACCAUGAUCUGUAGUUAUGCCAGAUGGGGCCGUCACAAAGCCAUGCUUUCGUUUUAUUCCGCUAUUCGGGAAAGGGGAAUAAUAGUGUCUGUUGCAGUUUUCAACUUCAUGUUGUCCUCAUUGCAAAAGAAGUCACUCCAUGGAAAUGUCAUUGAAGUCUGGAGCCAGAUGGUGGAACAAAGAGUGGUGCCUAACAAUUUUACUUACACAGUUGUUAUUGGCUCACUUGUUAGAGAAGGCUGUUAUGAGGAGGCUCUUAGGGUUUUUGAUGAGUUGAGGAGUGUUGGGAUGGUCCCUGAGGAGGUAACAUAUAGCCAGCUAAUCAGUUUAAGCACCAAAAAUGGUAAGUGGGACCAAGCGCUAAAACUAUACGAGGACAUGAAGGCUCAGAGAAUAAUCCCGAGCAACUACACCUGCGCUUCGCUUCUAACGUUGUAUUACAAGACUGAGGAUUAUUCUAAAGCACUUUCUCUCUUCUUGGAGAUGGAGAAAAAUAAAAUUGCUGCUGAUGAAGUUAUCUAUGGAUUGCUUAUUAGGAUAUAUGGAAAACUCCGUCUGUACGAGGACGCACGUAGAGCAUUUGAAGAGACUGAGCAGCUGGGUCUUCUUACGGAUGAGAAAACGUAUUUAGCAAUGGCACAAGUCAAUCUCAGUUCAGGGGAUUUCGAAAAGGCCUUGGAGGUUAUUGAACUAAUGAAGUCCAGAAAUACUUGGUUCUCAAGAUUUGCUUAUAUUGUUUUGUUGCAGUGUUAUGUUAUGAAAAAAGAUGUCAGUUCCGCUGAAGUAACAUUUCAGGCGCUAUCCAAGAUUGGACUCCCUGAUGCUGGUUCCUGCAAUGAUAUGCUCAAUUUGUAUCUAGGACUAGAUUUAAUAAAAAAGGCCAACGAUUUUAUUGCCCAGAUAAGGAAAGAUCGUGUAGUCUUUGAUGAGGAGCUUUGCAAGAUGGUUAUAAAAGUAUACUGCAAAGAGGGAAUGCUAAAAGACGCGGAACAGCUGAUUGGAGAGAUGGGUACAAAUGAAUUGUUUAAAAGUAAUAGGUUUGUCCAAACAAUAUUCCGGUCAUUACGCGCACACAGGGGAGACGAGCAACUUGAAGCCAAAUUAACAAACUUUGACCAACCUGACAUAGCGGCUCUCCAACUUGUGAUUCAUAUGUAUAUGGCCGAUGGGAAUAUCGAUGAAACAGAAAAGGUUCUAGCGGAGGUGCUCAAGAUUUCUGAUGGUCUCUCAAUUGCUAGUCGGCUUGUUACUAGCUUUGUUAAAGAAGGUGAUGCAUUUAAAGCUAAAACUCUUGUCAUUCAAUUGAGCAAGCUAGGUUGCAGACUGGAUGACACCGUAGUUGCUUCUUUGAUUAGUUUGUGUGGGAAGCAACAGAAUCUGAAACAAGCAGAAGAAGUCUUUCUCGCAUUUUCUGAUUUGCCUGUUACUAAUAAGUUAUUGUGUAAAUCUAUGCUUGAUGCAUAUGUCAAAUGUGGUAAAGCAGAGGAGGCCUACUCACUCUACAAACAAGUUGCUGAGAGAGGUUACUGUCUGGAUGCUGUUGCUAUGAGCAUAGUUGUGAAUUCUUUGUCUAAUAGUGGCAAACAUAAAGAAGCGGAGAUAGUCAUCCGCAAAAGUCUUGAAGACCAAUUGGAGCUUGACACUGUAGCAUACAAUACCUUCAUCAAAGCCAUGUUGGAUGCAGGCAGAUUGCAUUUUGCUUCCCGUAUAUAUGAGCAUAUGCUUUCAAAGGGUGUCACUCCAUCAAUUCAGACAUAUAACACCAUGAUCAGUGUAUAUGGGCGAGGCCGAAAGCUCGAUAGAGCUACAGAGAUGUUUAAUACCGCUCGCGACUUGGGUCUGUCUCUGGAUGAGAAGGCAUAUAUGAAUCUGAUCAGCCAUUAUGGGAAAGCUGGUAAAAGGCACGAAGCAUCCUUGCUCUUCACCGAAAUGCUCGAGAAAGGAAUAAAACCUGGGAUGGUCAGCUACAAUAUUAUGAUCAAUGCAGUUGCUAGUGGAGGACUUUAUAAAGAAGCAGAGGAACUUUUCAAAGCUAUGCGGAAAGAUGGUUGCUCGCCCGACUCUUUCACUUACCUUUGCUUAGUUCGAGCUUAUGCAGAGUCUCGGAAGUUCUCUGAAGCUGAGGAAACAGUUAAUUCCAUGCAGAAAAGUGGUGUAACUGCUUCCUGCGUGCAUUUUAACCUCUUACUCUCUGCUUUUGCAAAAGCAGGUGUAAUGGCGGAAGCAGAAAGGGUUUACAGCAGACUGCUUGGAGCUGGUUUAAAGCCUGACUUGGCGUGUUAUCGGAACAUGCUGAGAGGUUAUAUGGACUAUGGAUAUGUGGAAGAAGGAAUCAAAUUUUUCGAACGUAUAAGCGAGUCUGCAGAGGCAGACAGAUUCAUUAUGAGUUGUGUUGUGCAUCUUUACAACGCUGCGGGAGAGGAACAAAAAGCUGCCAGAAUUCUGGACUCGAUGGGCAUUUUGGGAAUCGCGUUUUUGGAUAAUCUUGAGGUUGGUUCGAAGCUAAAAGUUCCUUGAUUAUUUCAUAGGGAGGGGAUAUUAUAUAGCCGAAAAAGGGGGAAGAGCAUAUAGGGAAUGCAAGCUAGUUGUGUCCCUUCUUUGAUUUGCCCAACUAUUGCUAUAAAACCAUAGUUGUAGAGAAGCAAUUGGAGCAUUGUAGUGCUAGGCUAUUUGAGUUGGUGGCAAGAAGCUCCUGCAGUUGUAUGGAACUUUUUUUCGACUGCAUAUCUGACUGAAAGGAAUAACAAGGAGAAGAGCAUGCUAUUCAUCACCAUUGGUAAUGCAUCAUCACGUGUCUGAGUAAAAAUUGAACGGUCAUAAAAGCACAACAUUACUUGAGAUGGGUGGCAAGAGAAAAUCUAUUUGACACGUUUGGCUUGGAUAUCAUGCUGGAAUGGUGGUGUUGCCAUCAACAAUGGCUAGUGGAGGUAGAUUUUCUCGCUUUCACUCUCCUGAAGUACCAAAAUUGUAACUUAUUAAGCUUGGCAUGGAUGGAAGUUUUGUGCCACUUUGGUUGUGGAGGGCAAAGUGAAAUAACGCCCAAUUUUCGAGGGCCAAAUUUGAAAUUAACUCCAUUUUGAGUUGUGUCUAACUUUAUCCCAAUUGUGAACUAAUAAAUUGAAGUACAUUCUUCUUGUG